CAAGACCACGAUGGGCGUAAAACAUCCAAUCUUCGGAGCCAUGAGCGAACAGUUUGCAUUAUCGGAGCGGGCAUCAGUGGACUACGAGCCGCUAUACUUCUUACCAACGUGGGGUUCAAUGUCACGAUACUCGAAGCAGGAAACCGUGUUGGCGGUCGUAUCCACCAAGAUCACCAUUUUGGUCAACCUAUCGAUCUUGGUGCGAGCUGGAUCCAUGGUACUCAAGGCAAUCCUAUCGUAGAGCUUGCAAGAAGUACAGGGUCAACGACAGUUGCCUGUAGCGUGGUUGAAUCCAUAUGUGAUACGAACGGAAUGCGGUUCGACCGGAAGAAGGCAAGACAAUACUAUGAAGAAGUUUGGGAAAUUCUGGAGUUGGCGAUGGAACAGAGUCACGCGAAUGCAGCAGCGAUAUCUGACACAAUGAAGAUGAUGGAUUUCGUUCGUGAAGAACUUCAGAGGAGAUGUUCGCAUCGCAGAUGUCAAGAGCCUGAUGCGUCACUUCUGGCGUAUAUUGCUGAAAUGUGGGGGGCGUUUAUGGGAGACGAAAGCGAACGUCAGAGUCUCAAGAACCUCUGGCUAGACGCUGGGCUGGAAGGAGAUAACCUGUUCCUUGCAUCGACCUACAAGGACAUCGUUCAUGACAUGUAUCUCCAGAUUUCGAAGAAAGUCAAUGUUCAGCUGAACUGCGAAGUGACUGCAAUUUCGAACUUACAGUCAGGUUCGCUACAGAUCAGUUCAAGGAGUGGUUUCCAGGGCCAAUUCGAGGACGUUGUCGUUACUGCUCCUUUAGGGUGGUUGAAACGUAAUGAGAACGUCUUCUCACCACCUUUGACUCCCGAGAUUUCGACAGCAAUUCAAAGUAUUGGAUAUGGGAACCUAGAGAAGAUUUUUAUCAAAUUUCCAAAACCCUUCUGGGAUGAUCCGGAUCUUAGAAACAACGCCGGAUCAGCCAGAGGUCCCGCGUUUCCGAUCGAGUCUCUCUUCUUGCGGCCAGAGUACGCAACCGAUACAAACCCGUCACGGUGGCGAACUGAGAUCGUGUCUUUCUCUGGUAUGCCAGCAGAAUUCUCGCAACCAAUCAUCAUGUUCUUCGUAUACGGUCAAUGGGGCAGACAUAUUUGUGGGCUUGUUCGAGGUAUGUCGCAGGACUCCGCAGAACGCUAUCGGAUCUUGGACGACAUAUUCCAUCCGUACUAUUCCAAGCUGCCAAAUUACGAUCCCACCCGCUCUGAAUGUGCUCCUGUGACCUUUAUGUCAACAGAUUGGCAGAAUGACGAGUUUGCAGGGUUUGGAUCGUUUGCCAACAUGCCAGUGGGUUCUGGUGAUGGAGAUUUUCAUUUCAAAGUACUUAGGGAGGGUAUGGGCCGCAAUCGUGGAAUUUGGUUUGCUGGUGAGCAUACAUCACCACCAGGUGGACUCGGCACUGUAACCGGAGCUUACUGGAGUGGGGAGGAAGUUGCCAAAAGAGUCGCUCUUCACCAUGGAAUUACGCUAGAUAUCUGA